AUGUCGAUGAAUCUCCGCCCUCCUUCCUUCCGUUCCCUCGCCGCCGCCUCCUCCGCCGCCAUGUAUUCUCGUCCCCAUUUCAGGGGAGCACGCCCUACAGGAAGGAGAACCUACUCCGACAGACCCUCAGGCCCUGCAGGCGGUGACCACGCGGAGUCGGUCUCCGGCGAUAACCAUUUCAGUGCAGUAAGUGAGACCAAUCGCGGAUUCCGACAUAGCUACAAUGCUGUACCCCCGCCACCUCAGUAUGCAGCUGCUCAGCGGUUCCACGGUCCCGGUCCGCAGUCCAACCAGACUUACGCACCUGUUUUCCAGCAGCGUCCCGGGGCCCAGGGUCCUUACAGGCACCCACGGCCCAUGAGUCCUGCUUUUAGUAAUCACCAUCAGUUCACACCACAGCAGGGGCCUCAACAGUAUAGGCCGAGACCCUCGAGGCCUCCAGACUAUCGAGACUGGGAGUAUAGGAAACGGGGUCUGCCUUCUCAUUCCGGGCGGUUUACGGUUCUCUCGUAUAACAUACUGGCUGACUACUUGGCCAACGAGCACUAUCACAAACUUUACUUUCAUAUUCCCCGCUAUAUCAUGGACUGGAAUUGGCGCAAGAAAAAUAUAUGUUUCGAGUUUGGGUUGUGGUCAGCUGACAUUUUGUGUCUUCAGGAGGUUGAUAGAUUUCAAGACAUCGAGGCAGAACUAAGGAACCGUGGUUAUGCUGGCAUUUGGAAGAUGCGAACUGGUGAUCCUGCUGAUGGUUGUGCUAUAUUUUGGCGUUUUUUAAGAUUCAAGUUGCUGCAUGAAGAAUCCAUUGAAUAUAUUAAGCUUGGCCUUCGGGAUAAUGUUGCCCAGAUAUGCGUGUUUGAGUCUCUGAGCGGACAGAAUAAUAUCAGCGCAACACCAACCUUGUCUGCAAGUGGCAGCUCAGCAAGCCCUAACAGAGUUGUUAUUUGCAACAUUCAUGUGCUUUUCAAUCCCAAAAGGGGAGAUGUAAAACUUGGACAGAUGAGGGUGCUUCUAGAGAGGGCGCACGCUGUUUCUAAGCUUUGGGGUGAUGCUCCAAUAGUUAUCUGUGGAGACUUCAACUGCACCCCUAAGAGUCCCUUGUACAAUUUCAUCUCAGAACAAAAGCUGGAUAUUUCAAAUUUGCCUCGUGAUCAGGUCUCCGGGCAGGCUAUGGCAGAAAUACGCCCUCAAAGGCCUCCUCCUGAUUUUAGGACACAAGCUGCGGACAUUGCUUCCUCUCAAGCUUCUGUAGUUAAUAGUGCAAAUAUAGAACAAAGGGACUUGCCUAUAGAUGCACAGAAUUCUGCCUCUCCUCAAAAUUUUGCAAAUGCCUCUUCCACAAGGAUGCCAGAAAACCAUUCAAGUGAUAUUACUAAUACAUCUGACCCUACAUCAACCUCUAACUCGAAUGUGUCUCAGCUUGAUGGGCCUUCUGAAGUAAUAUCUCCUGAUUCCCUUGAUCAUACCCCAUCAAAUCAAGAAGUAGCAAACGAGUCUCCUGAUAAAAUAUCUCCUGAUUCUCUUGAUCAUGCACCAUCAAAUCAAGAAGUUGCAUUGUCUGCUUCAUGCGAACCCACAGGCGCAGAUUUAUUGCUGGAUGAGAAACUUGAUCUUUUGUCACUCAAUGUAUCUGUUGAUGGGGCUAUGGAUAAACCGGGUGAAAAUUGUGAUUCAUUUCUUUCCGAACUACAUGGCCAAAGGGACUCACGUUCUCUUGAAGAUCAGGUUCUCGAUGGCAACCUUCAGGUUGAACAUGAGAUUAUGGCCGAUGUUUGGAAUAGUUCGUCUGCUUAUUCAUCGGCUUGGACUCCAGCAGAGAUACAAACUGCGACGGGCAGUGCGGACGACAUGGUUGUGGAACACCCCUUGAAGUUGAUGAGUGCGUAUGCAGAAGUUGAGAACUCAUCAGGGCUAAGAGAUUCGAGUGGUGAACCUUUCAUCACGAGCCACCAUAGACGUUUCUCAGGCACAGUUGAUUAUAUAUGGCACACAGAAGGUCUGCAAACUCUAAAGAUUCUUGCUCCAAUUCCGAAACAUGUCUUGCAGCAAACUCGGGGAUACCCCACAAAGAAAUGGGGAAGCGAUCACUUGGCACUGGUUUCUGAAUUUGCCUUCACUAAGGAUAUCAUGUCCUCUGAAAAUUCCGGCCAAUAA